GAAAGUGGAGCGUUCGGGGGGGGGCCGGAGCGAGGCGCGGAGCGGGGGCAGCCCCAGGAAGGGAGCCGGCCGCACCCCCGCCGCCAUCCGCCGCCAUCCGCCCCCCGCCGCCGCCCCCCGCCCGGCACCGGCGGCCCCGCCGCGCAGCGCCGAGACCGCCCGACCCGCCGCCGCCGCUAUCGCCGGCCCAACAUGGCAGGAGCUGGAGGAGGAAAUGACAUUCAGUGGUGUUUUUCUCAGGUGAAAGGCGCUGUAGAUGAUGAUGUAGCAGAAGCGGAUAUAAUUUCCACAGUAGAAUUUAACCAUUCUGGAGAGCUGUUAGCAACAGGAGACAAAGGAGGUAGAGUGGUCAUCUUUCAACAGGAGCAGGAGAACAAAACCCAGUCUCACAGUAGGGGAGAAUACAAUGUUUACAGUACCUUUCAAAGCCAUGAACCAGAGUUUGACUACUUGAAAAGUUUAGAAAUUGAAGAGAAGAUCAACAAAAUUAGGUGGUUACCCCAGAAAAAUGCUGCUCAGUUUUUAUUGUCUACAAAUGAUAAAACAAUAAAGUUAUGGAAAAUCAGUGAAAGGGACAAAAGACCAGAGGGUUAUAAUUUAAAGGAGGAAGAUGGACGGUAUAGGGAUCCUACUACAGUUACAACACUACGGGUGCCAGUAUUCAGGCCCAUGGACCUCAUGGUUGAAGCUAGUCCACGAAGAAUAUUUGCCAAUGCUCACACGUAUCACAUCAAUUCCAUCUCCAUUAAUAGUGAUUAUGAAACGUACUUAUCCGCAGAUGACUUGCGGAUUAACCUGUGGCACCUAGAAAUUACAGACAGAAGUUUUAAUAUUGUAGAUAUUAAGCCUGCCAACAUGGAAGAGCUCACAGAGGUGAUAACAGCUGCAGAGUUCCACCCAAACAGCUGUAAUACAUUUGUAUACAGCAGCAGUAAAGGAACGAUUCGUCUCUGUGAUAUGAGAGCAUCAGCACUCUGUGACAGACACUCAAAAUUGUUUGAAGAACCAGAAGAUCCUAGCAACAGAUCAUUUUUCUCUGAAAUCAUCUCUUCCAUAUCUGAUGUCAAAUUUAGCCAUAGUGGUCGAUAUAUGAUGACUAGAGAUUACCUGUCAGUGAAGAUCUGGGAUUUAAAUAUGGAAAAUAGACCUGUGGAAACAUACCAGGUGCAUGAAUACCUCAGAAGUAAACUUUGUUCACUGUAUGAGAACGAUUGCAUUUUUGACAAAUUUGAAUGCUGUUGGAAUGGAUCAGACAGCAUUGUCAUGACGGGAUCUUACAACAACUUCUUCAGAAUGUUUGACAGAAACACAAAGCGAGACAUCACCUUAGAGGCAUCCCGGGAAAACAAUAAACCCCGUACCGUUUUGAAGCCACGUAAAGUAUGCGCAAGUGGUAAGCGAAAGAAGGAUGAAAUCAGUGUUGACAGCCUAGACUUCAAUAAGAAGAUUCUACACACAGCCUGGCAUCCUAAGGAAAACAUCAUUGCUGUAGCUACUACAAACAACUUGUAUAUAUUUCAAGACAAAAUGAAUUAGGGUUGGCAUUCCUAACUGAAGAGUCCACUUCCUGCAUAGUUGAAAUAGUUGAAUCUAGCAUUUGUACCUGUAAACGAAAGAGAAUGAGAGGUCCAUUAUGGCACCCCUUUCCAGUGUUUAAAAAUGUGCCAUAUGACAACACACUUUUAUAGCUACAUGGAGAAAGCUCUGUUGAUCUGUCACUGCGUUCUUCUCCAUGUCUGCUAGCCAUUUAGGUGAGGAUAGGGCACUUUUUAAUUUAAAUGACUACUUGCACCAUCUUGCCUAAUGGACUAGAUUGGACUGUAUCAACAUUGGUUUACUCCACUUUUUAUGCCUUCCAUUGUGAUGACGUCAAACACAGGGAAAGCCUUCAAUCAUGCUAUGGGAUUUAAUUGUGUAACCUCAUUACUGUAUCAUUCGUGGCCCCCUUUUUUUAUUAAAUACAGCUCAUUCUUGCUGUGGCUUGUAGCAUUCCUCCUCCUUCUGGCCUCCUGGACUCCCCCUUUCCCUUUCAUCCCCCUCCACCUAGCCUUGGUGGUGGUGUAUAGAAAAAAAGAAAAAAACAAAACCACAAACACACACAAAAUAAAGCACAUGAAAUGGGUCCGUUUGGGGUCAGUGGUAUAGGGGGUCUGUGUUGCAACAAAUGUUUCAAUAAACAGUUGACUGUAAUCACUCCUUGCCCUGUCUGGCGCCAAAAAAAGAGAAAAUAAGGAAAAAAACAAACUACUGAAUAAAAGUGACAAAGAAUGGA